UGAUCCUCUAUCGCCAAUUGCUUAAUCGUGCUGAACCAUACCAUGGAAUUGGAUGACGAGGAGUUGAAUCUCCCAGGAAAAAUUGAUGGAGACAACCCAGGUGUUUAUAUCUACAAUCCAACGAAAGCAACCAUAGAUCACCUCGAGCCAUCCCCAAAAAGACGCAAGACAUCCAAAAGCGCAAGCUCGAGCUUACUGCCGAAUAAUGCCACAUUAACACAAUCGACGUUUGUGCCAUUGCUUGACGGGAAAGAACCCUCGGAACUUGUUGAAUCAAGGCAGUCUAUUUUCCAGCAGCUAUGGACAUUUCAGGAACAGAGAAGCAAGGAGAUAUUAGAAGAGCUUGAUUCCGGAAUCCUGGAGGCUAUAUCGUCUUUUGUUGACACAGCCUCCCCAGAGCUCUACGAUGGACGUAUUCCUACGUCUCUAGUGACCAUUGGUUCGAACGUAUCGGCCCUGCCUAGACUUUUAGACUCACUACACCAGCGUUUAACGGCGCAAGGCAGCGGUCAAGUGGUUCUGUUAGAAUCAGGCGAUGCUCCAAAUUUAAAGGCCGUACUGAAAACAAUUAUAAGAAUUGCUGUGACGAGUAUCGAAGGAAAUGAAGGGUAUCAGCACAUAUUCACCCACAGACUGGGCCCUCGAAUGUUACCCUACGACCUCAAUCUUCUUCAUGAGUACGUUGAUAAACACAAGUUAAGGUCUUUAGUUCUUGCAUUUCGCGAUAGUGAAGCUUUUGACUCGGGUGUGCUCAAUGAUUUGCUUUCAUUGCUAAGCGCCUGGAUUGACCGUAUACCGUUUGUGCUACUAUUCGGUGUUUCUACAUCUGUUGAGAUAUUUGAAGCCAGACUUCCUCGGUCUAUUGUUGCGUCACUUCAAGGUCAACACUUUGAAAUCCAUGACGCGGGUGAUGCCGUUGAUCGGAUAUACGAGGCAUUGCAGACCAAUCCGAAUACAGAGUUAUGGUUGGGACCGCAUUUGAGUAAAAGCUUGUUUGAAAGAUCAAGAGAUUAUUUUCAGAGUCCAGAAGAGUUUAUUCGGGAAGUGAAGUAUGCAUACAUGUCGCAUUUUUUCGCCAAUCCUCUAAGUGUACUGCUCUCACCAUCUGCGCCUCGGAAAACAGAGCUAUCGGAAGCUAUCCGCAAUUUGAAUUCUUUUCGAAGAUUUUGCGAAGAACUCCUCGAGGCAGGCUACACGAGCCGAGUCCGAGACCUUUUGAAUGAUGACGAAGCUUUACUUAAAGAAGUGGACGGAGCCCUAGUCGCUGGUCAGUCACAAAUGAGGGACCUUUUGCGCGCAGCAAAUAUGCUCCAGUCAAUACAGACUGUGCUACAAACAAGCAAAGCAAGCAACAGAACAGAAAUAAUCCUUCCAAGUGUAUCCGGAGAUAUACGGAGCUCAUUGACCAUUAGUGAAAUGUUGACCACUAUCAAGAAAUCACACUCGGACGGGUUUGCCUGGAUCUUGACAGCUGUUCGGGAAAGUAAUGCAGCUUUUAUUGAUGUUGAACAGUACGAAGGGGAGCUUAAUACAAUGCUCAAGACACACGAAUCAGAGAUGCCGCUUCGCAGCAGCCACGAUGAUCAGAAUUCUACAGUAGAAACGACCAUUGUCAAAUCUCGACUUAAUUUGACAAAAGUUAAGAAACAAGUCUCUGCACAAGAUAUCGAAUAUACCGAUCUUCUCGAACGAUUUCUCGAGGAAUUCGAGAAAAAGCUGGACACAACCUUUAUCAAUCCCCAAGAUCUCUUCCUACACGAAGUUUUCCUCUUCGACAUACGAAACCCACUGAAAGACACAUUCGCACCACGAGCUAGAUUCAGUGUCGAGCGCGCGUUGUCUAAUCCAUUUGAUUAUCUCACGUCGGCGUCUGAAGGAGCGGAAGCAAACUUGUCGGCGAACCAGCCAGAGACGGCUAUACUUUACCAACUAUAUCUUGAAUCGGGAUCGCUGGUUAAUGUGUUUGAUUUAUGGAAGGCAUUUUCUACUAUUGUUGCGAGUGACGAGAACGGCUCUUGCGACGAGCGAACAGCGUUGGUGCUUUUUUACCGAGCAACCUCCGAACUGAAAGCGUUGGGUAUGAUGAAAACUAGUCGAAAAAAGAUCGAUCAUGUUAGCAAGUCAGCCUGGAAAGGUCUCUGAGUGGAGGGUGUGGAUGCUGAAGCAGAAAUUUACCGGGAAAUGCAUUAACAUAGCAUUAUAUCAU